AUGUCCAUGAAAUCAACCUGGCGUGCCAAACACCGGGAAGAUUGGAACUUGAAUCACUGGCAAAUUGGGUUGCUCGACUUUUUCUGUACGCCUUCUGACAAGACGGUCCCAUUGCACUCCAAAAAUGAGAGGAUACCAUAUGUCAACCAGUGGUCUGGGAACAUUUGGGUGCUAUUUUAUGCCUCCAUCCCACUUUGUCUUCAUCAACUCUACGCUUUGCAUAUAGGGUCCAACCUGGGCCCAUAUGCAGUGUUUAUCUUCUACUCUCUCUCAUAUGGCUCCAUUUUGCUAUAUUUAUUGUGCUUGACCAGCCGCCUUGGCUGUAUAUAUGGAUUCCUGGAUGGCGACAAGCAUGAGCGCGAUGGAGUCCCUGAUAUUGGGGUAGGGAAGGUGGUUGCUUCAUUCUACAAAACAUGUGCCUUCCGUUUGUUAUUUUCAACCUAUCUCUCCUACGACCCCAAUAAAACGCCUGUGCAGAUGAGCUGGACAUGGCUUCUUCUGGAGGUCAGUCUAUAUGGACUGGUGAGCGACUUCUGGUUCUACUGCUACCAUCGCCUCAUGCAUGAGGUCAGCUUUUUCUGGAAAUAUCAUCGCACUCACCAUCUUACCAAGCAUCCAAAUGGUCUAUUGAGCGUCUAUGCAGACCAUGAGCAAGAGUUCUUAGACCUGGUUGGGGUUGAAAUCGCGACCUAUCUCACCCUCCAAGUUAUGGGCCUGCCAAUGGGCUUUUUUGAGUGGUGGAUCUGCCUCGUUUAUGGACUCGUCACAGAGGUAGGCGGGCAUACUGGUCUUCGUAUCCACAUGAUAGCUCCCUCGCCAGUUAGCUGGCUAUGGCAGUGGCUGGGUGUUGAGCUUGUCAUGGAGGACCACGAUCUCCAUCAUCGUACCGGCUGGAGGAAGAGUCAUAACUACGGCAAACAGACUCGCUUCUGGGACCACAUUUUCGGUACCUGCGCCGAUCGCAUAGAAUAG